GGAUAAGGGCGAUCUUGAACCGACUUUUAGUGGAUUAAAGAGGAAAUGAUGGAAGGCGAAGGAGCUUACUUGCCUACUGAGGGUGGGGAAGUCAGAACACGGGAGUCUAGAACGAAUAGUCCCGACAGAAAAAUGUGUAUCGAUGGGGGAAAUGAGUUAGAUAAGCUUAAAAGAGUCUUAUGGGAGAUGGAUAAUCGGACCAAGGAAACCGAAGGGAGGUUUUCCAGGAACGAUGGUUGGAGGAAGGAAGUCUUAAACAGGGCAAGGGUAGCUAGGUUUGCGGACACCGAUGAUCUUCAAAAAAUGAAGAAGCAUGAGGAUAAGAGCUUGGUGGCAUUCGCUAGGAGGUGGAAACUGAGGGAGGAGAUAGAUCCCAAGAGACCGGACGGUCGCGAGGUGGAAUUGACAAAGGAAUUGGAGGCACUGAAGGCGGUCGUGCAAAAACUUCAAGCCGGCCAAAGAAGAGAUGAAACGCCAAACCGACCCAAUCUAAGGCCUGAGACUAGGGAAAGGGGGGAUCCGAGUCCCAAGCAGACUUGGAAUGACAAAGCCUGUAUAUACUAUGGCGAGGAGGACCACCGAAAGAAAGACUGUCAGACCAUGAUAGACGCCUUCAAGGAAGGGAUCAUAGAACUCGACGAUAGGAAGUACGUGAUGUGGGCUGAUGAGGGGAAGCCUGUUCCUUUUCUGCCCUCUAUGAAGAUUAAUGUGGAUGUCAGGAGAAAAAGGAUGAAAGAGGCCAAAGGGAAGCAGGCUCAAAUACCGACUCCAGCCAAGGUAUCAAGAGUGACCUUCGAAGAUGAGUUGGAUGAUGGACCUGACAGCCCGGGGAUGAGGGUAUCGUCAGUUAAGUUUGAGGAAGACAUUAAUAAUGACGAAGUUCGGGUUUGCGCACAGCACACGGGGGAGUCUAGUGGUGGAAAGAAGGAGGAUUCUGACCAGCCCAUGACUGAUGAACAAGUAGAGUCGUUCGGAUCGCCAGUGUCUCUAAGAAAGAGAGGACCUAAGAAGUUUCACUUAAAGAGUACACUUGAUGAGGUCGAUCUAAGAGCGUCACUAAGGAGAGCCAUGGAUAUGCCAAUUCCUAUUCCUCUUAAAGAAUUCAUAGCAGGUUGUGGUCCGGCAAGGGACGAGCUAGUAGCCAUGAUGAGGAAAGCUAAAGUGUCAUUAACGGAGUCAGCAAAGGCCAACGCAUCCUCUCUUAGUACAGAAAAGGAGAAGGAAGAGAAGGGAGGAAAGGAAGAUUAUUUCUAUGUUCUAGGAAGUGAAAAAUUAAAAGUUAUCGUUAACGGUGUAGGAAUGGAGGCUAUCGUGGAUGACGGGUCCGAGUCGACCGUCUGUGAAGACAAAGUCGCGCGAAGGCUCGGCUUGGACAUUGAUAGGAGCGUGGCUAUGACUAUGAUUUCCGCUAACAAACUACGACAGCCAGCGCUUGGGGUAUGUCACAAGGCCAAAGUUAUCGUAGCUGGUGUGGAGGUCACCGUUCCAGUGUUCACCGUCGAAAACUGUUCCUUAGAGUUAAUCCUCGGCAGGACGUGGCUUACACACGUGAAUGCCACCACUGAGAAUAAGCGAGAUGGCAGUCAAACUGUUACCAUAAACGGGCCAGACGGUAGUCGAGUGACACUAAAGACGGUGAAUGAGUACGAUAAACAUCAUAAAGUCUCCCUACCGAACAAAGGGCUUCUUAAGACAAGAAGUUGUCAGAUGAUUCCGAAGAAACUCACCUUGGACCCUCUUACAAUAAAAGAUAAGAGGUUAGAAGUUGAGGAAUUGGAAGACAGUCUUACAAAGAGCGAUGGUAGAGUUAUGGGAGAACUUAUACUGAAUCUGGUAGAGGUCUUCCUGGAUGAUUUUCCAAUCAAAGGACCCUAUGAGAAGGACGAGACUGAGGUGAGGCCUGGAGUAAGGAAGUUCGUCGCUACCCACGCAGAAGAUAUUAAGAUGGUGCUAGUGCAGUUAGAGGACGCUAGUCUGACUGUAAGCGGAACCAAAAGUAGAUGGGCGGUGUCUUCCAUAAAGAUACUAGGCUACAUCUGCGACAGGGAUGGUAGAAGGCCGGAUUCCGCGAAGUUAGAAAAGCUUAUGAACUGGCCUACUCCGCUACGGCAUAUUAUCGAUAUACGCCAGUUCCUAGGGAUGGUUGGGCUUUGGAAGAACCUUAUAAAGGGGUAUGCUGGGAAGGCCGAACCUCUGAGAAGGCUCUUGCGCAAAGGAGUGGAAUGGAGGUGGACGAGUGAGCAAGAGGAUGUUGUGAAAGCUCUAAAUGAUGAAUUUAAAGAGGGGGAUCAAGUCCUUGGAGUUCUUUAUUUUGAGGACAAGGAGAAGCGGUCAUUUGUAGUUUGCACGGAUGCGGGAUCUGCCUCUGUUGGGGGAGUCUGAGCUCAAAAAAACCAGGAGGACAAUAAGCGACCUCUCAGGUUUGAAAGUAAGACCUUAAACACCACCGAAA